AUGGCCGGGGGCCUUCCUGGGGCCUCUGAGGGAACGGUCAGGGGAGUGGGGAACCAGGCGGCUGUGUCUGUGGGGCCCCCUUGCCCGCCCAUCCUCAGCAGGCCCGGGCUGGGCGGCUGUGGCCUGGACUGUGGCAUCCGCCCUUAUGCACACCCGGCUCGCUUCCUGCUCCCACCUCUGUGCGGGGACGAGGGCCCGAAGCUCGUGUGCCCCUGGCGUAGACCCCAGAUGGCCGCUACCUGGUCCCUGUGCAAAGUCCAGGUGGGGUGCCGGCACCCCAGCGGCGUGCUGGGCAGUCAGGGGCCAGGGAGGGAGGAUGCCCAGGCCUCGGGGGUCCCCGGGUGGGCAGAUGAAGGGUUGGCACACGGGGCCCACUCGGUGCUGCCUGCCGCCCGCUGGCUGAGGGCCGCUGGCUUUGUGGGGCGUCUCAGGACCGGGGUCGGGGUCCACACCUUCCUGGGCAUCCCCAUCCAGCAGCACCAGCCGGAGCCAGCAGCCCGGUAUGUGGCCGCUGAAGCAGGGCUGGCCAGAACAGACCGGCCUCUCAGCCUCCGAGGGCUGUCCAGGGGCCCCCCUCUGACUGGGGGUGUUGAGGUGAUCCGGGCGGGCGGGCCUGGCGGAGCCUCCUCCGCGCACCUGCCCGACGGCGCGGGCGCGCGUUUGCGGCCGGCGGCUGUGCGCAGCUGCAGGAAGCUCUCAGUCCUGCGGAGACACCUCCCGCCCGCAGAUGGCGCUGUGACUCGACUCGUUGCCCCAGAGGGACGGGGGCCACCCAGCUCCACCACCGAGCCUCCUGGGACUUGUAGUUCGCGGCUUCGUGGUGCGCAGGCGCACUGCGGAGACCGUCCUGGUUGCGCUCGUCGGGGAGGCGGCGGCGGCGGCGGCGGCGGCGCGGCCUCUGCCUGCCCCGGAUCCUGCUUUUCCCAAGAGAAGAGGAUGGCUGCUGAGUACGUGUCCCCCGGGCCCCAGGAGUUAGUGACCUUCGAGGAUGUGGCCGUGGCCUUCUCCCGAGAGGAGUGGGCCUUGCUGGACCCUGCUCAGAAGAGGCUGUACAGAGAGGUGAUGCUGGAGACCUACAGGAACCUGGCCGCACUGGAAACCUUGAAGACCCGAAGUGCCGAUGCAGGCAUUGAGUUUGGUGCACUGUCCGCAACCCAAGCCUCUCAGGCCGCCAGUCUUUCCCCGUGGGUGGGGGGUUCACUCUUUCUACCGGUGGUGCCUUUCCAGCUGGAGCAAGGAGCAGCUGUGUGGUUGGGGGGGGGAGGAACUCCCCAAACCUCCCGUUCAGAUUUGGCUGCCAUACUGAAAAGCCAAGAGUCAUCUUGUAAGAAGGUGGCUUGGGGGGAACAACCACCCAGUGGUAUGACUAUAGUAAAGCUUCCCAAAGGAGACUGGGGCUAUGGUCAACUUGAGGAGAAUCGUGAAGCCCUGCACAGGCUUUUGAGGCAGCUGGCAUACCCCCAGGCGGAGGCGUUUGCUCAAAGGGAGACCACUGCCUGGCAUGAGUUUGGGGAAGCCUGUGGUAUGAGCUCAGACCUUGCUUUAUCUCAAGGAGGUUCUAUAGAAGAACAUUCCCACGACUGUGGUCUAGAUAUUGAGAGUUUGGUAGCUAAUCCAUUCUUAAACCGUCAUCGGAUGGCCUAUACAGAUCAGAGACCCCGUGAAGGGAACGAAUGUGGAAAAGACGUCAGCCACAAUAGUGCCUUCGGUCAACACAACAGAGCCGCCGAAAGCGGGGAAUCAUUUCCUCACGGUACGGCUCUCACGACACACAACACGGUGAAUACAGCGGGGAAGCCCUACGAAUGUCACCACUGCGGGAAAGUGUUUAACCGGAGGCAUUCCCUGAGUGAGCAUCAGAGAAUCCAUACAGGAGAGAGACCGUAUGAAUGUCAGGAAUGUGGGCGAGCCUUUACGCACAGCUCAACCCUCACACGACACUUGAGAACUCAUACUGGAGAGAAACCCUAUGCGUGCGGCGAAUGUGGGAAAGCCUUCAACAGGAUUUCGUCUCUCACCCAGCACCAGAGGAUUCACACAGGGGAAAAGCCCUACAAAUGCAAAGACUGCGGAAAGUCCUUCUGCCAGAGUUCUUACCUGGUCUUGCACAAGAGAACGCAUACGGGCGAGAAGCCCUAUGAAUGUAACGAGUGUGGAAAGGCCUUCAGUGAUCGUUCCUCGCUUAACCAACACGAGCGGACUCACACCGGUGAGAACCCCUAUGAAUGUAAUCAGUGUGGAAGAGCCUUCAGUCAGAGGUCUUCCCUCGUGAGGCACGAGAGGACUCACACCGGAGAGAAACCGUACGGCUGUAGCGAAUGUGGGAAAGCGUUCAGCCAGAGCUCGUCCCUUAUCACACAUCAGAAAACUCACACCAGUCAGAAAACCUAUAAAAUAAUUGAUUGUGGGAAAGCUUUCUAUCAGAGCAGCAACCUCAUUGGGUUUUAGAGACCACUUGCUGCCUGUAAGGUACCUUUUAGCUCUCUGCUACAGAAGUAUGGUUAGAUUUUGCCCUUCUGAUGGGACUGUUUGAAAAGAAGUAGGUUUCUGCACGUUCUUUUUAAAAAAAAUUUUUUUUAACGUUUAUUUAUUUUUGAGACAGACAGAGCGUGAACGGGGGAGGGGCAGAGAGAGAGGG